AUGCACCAGCUGAACCGCAAAGCUGUGCACCCUACACCCCUGACGUCGGAGGAAAGAUGGGCUCUCUUCAACCAAUGCCUGGCAAAUGUUCAGUCCAUGGAGGUGUACCUGCGGUGGUGGUUCCUCGGAGCUGAGUUGAAGGAUAUCCGCCGAGACAACCUGCGCGAUUUCCUCCUCUGGGGUUUCUUCGACCAGGCGCGGGAAGACGUCGAAAGCAACGGCGGCCACUCCGACGCUGAUGCGCGAGAUUUGGAUAGCUUCAUCACAAAGAUUGAAGAGAGACUGGGACACCCUCUCCACGAUGGCCGAGGUACGGCCAAGUGCAUACGACUGACUUUGGAUGACGUCGAGGUAACAUAUAGAUCACUCACAUGGUACUUGGUCAUAUAUCUUGUGGAUCAGGCCGCACACUUGGCCCUUUCAUGGAAUGGGUUCAAGUUCUAUGGCAGAGGACCCGUCGCAGCUCUUGCAACGUUCCCACCGCGCCCGCAGGAGAUAUUCACCAGCCGGCGGUCGCGUGCUCCGCAGCUGAGCUACUGGUACCGGCCUCAUGCAUCCAAGGACUGCAACCCCGUUGUAUUCUUCCACGGCAUUGGAGUUGGGCUUUGGACAUAUGUCGACUUCCUUGCAAACAUACAUGCAGCUAAAGAUGUUGGUGGUGGGCAGGGUAUUGGGGUCAUUGCUGUGGAGAUUCUUCCCGUAUCCUUUCGACUGACUUCCCCGCCUCUGGGUAAGGCCGAGUUUCUGCGUCAAAUGGCCAAGAUAUUGGAACAUCACCAGUGGGACAAGUUCACAGUCACGGCACACUCAUAUGGAUCAGUGCAAACCACCCAUAUGCUCCACUCGCAGAGUCUCGGGCAUAUGAUCACGUCCGUCGUGCUAAUCGAUCCGGUAACGGUGAUGCUCCAUCUCCCCGAUGUCGCCUACAACUUCACUCGCAGAAAGCCCCGGGAAGCCAACGAGUGGAUGCUAUGGUAUUUCGCCAGCACGGAUCCAGGCGUGGCACGCUGUCUAGGCCGUCACUUCUUCUGGCGGGAGAACAUCAUAUGGAAGGAAGACUUUAGAAAUGCUGACCCGAGGGAUCGUCGGAAGGUGGCCGUCUGUUUGGCUGGCAGGGACAUACUCGUCAACACCUCUAGUGUUGCGCAAUACUUGACUGAUCUUGGAGUGGCGGGAAUAAGCCAAGCUCAAGGUGCUAAUCAGGCAGCCGAGGUGGAGGUGCUCAUGUUCCCCAAUUUAGAUCAUGCGCAGAUAUUCGACACCCCAGCAGACUGUCAAAAGGUAAUCCGGCUUAUCAGAUCAUAUUGCAGUGCAGGAUUAGCGGAAUAUACCAGUAUAUAG